GCUGAUCUUCAGCACAUCCGCCUGACCCGCGACUGUUUACAAAUCAGCAGACAGUCCGAGAGACACAGGAUGAGGAGACCUGCGUGAUCCCUACAGAGACACCCUUUUCUUCAGAGUCUUGGCGGAGGAGAAUCACGAGGCUGUGACAGUCCGGCUGGGUUGCGGUCAUGCAGCACCCCAAUUUCGAGACCCGCCACCCGCUCCAGACCGACGAGCAGCAGGAGACGGGCUUCGACCCGCUCAAUAACUUCAACAAGAACCGCAGCAGAGGCUCUCUUGACAGCAGCACUUACUCACAGUCUCAGUCAACCUUCCUCUCAUACAGGAAAGAAUGGGACGACUUGUUCCUCAACAGUAAUUACCUGGCCAGGAUCCGGCAGGCAGGCAUCAACGGCCGACUGAGAAGCAGCCGCUUUCGGAGCGUGUGCUGGAAGUUGUACCUGGAGGCUCUUCCCGAAGAUAAGGGUCAGUGGAUCAACAAGACCAAUGAGCUCCGGGCCCGGUAUGAGAAGAUCAAAGAGACGCACAUCACUAACCCUCGUAAGGCUGCCGGCCAGGACCUGGUGGUCAACAACCCGCUGUCCCAGGAUGAGGGGAGCCUGUGGAACAGGUUCUUCCAAGACAAAGACCUGAAGGGGAUGAUCAAACAGGACGUGUUGAGAACGUUCCCAGAGAUCCGUUACUUCCAGAACGGCGAUGUGAGGACCAUGCUGACGGACAUCCUCUUCUGUUACGCCAGAGAAAACGAACAGUUGUUGUAUAAACAGGGGAUGCACGAGCUGCUGGCCCCCCUCGUCUUCGUGCUGCACUGCGACCACCAAGCCUUCCAGCAUGCCAGCGAGACGGCCAGCCCCAGUGAGGAGAUGAAGAGUCUUCUGAACCCAGAGUAUCUUGAGCACGAUGCCUAUGCCUUGUUCUCUCAGCUGAUGGAGACAGCAGAGCCGUGGUUCUCCAGCUACGAGAGGGAAGUGAGGAGGGGUAAGGAAGAGAUGCUGACCAGCAUCCCGUUCGCACGGCCCCAGGACGCGGGGCCAUCUGUUGCCAUAGUGACCAAAGUGAACCGCAUCCAGGACCAGCUGGUUAAGAAGCACGAUGUUGAACUGCACAUGCACGUCAACCGGCUGGAGAUCGCCCCGCAGAUCUACGGCAUCCGGUGGGUACGUCUGCUUUUCGGGCGGGAGUUCCCGCUGCAGGACCUGCUGGUGAUGUGGGACGCUCUGUUUGCGGACAGCAUCACCCUGGACCUGGUGGACUACAUCUUUGUGGCCAUGCUGCUCUACAUCCGAGACGCUCUCAUUGCUAGUAACUUCCAGACCUGCCUGGGCCUGCUGAUGCACUACCCUCCUUUAGGAGACAUCAGCUCCCUGCUGCAGAAGGCUCUUUUCCUCCGAGAUCCAAAGAACUAUCCACGACCGGUUAAUUACCAGUUCCAGCAGAACCUGGAUUACUAUAAAACAAGGGGAGCUGACCUGAUGAACAAGACACGCUCUGGCUCCAAACCUGCGCCCCUGAACAUCAACAAGGUGUCCAGCAGCCUGCUGAGCUUCGGCAGGAAGCUCAUCGCUCCGGCCAUAUCCAGCAGCUCCAGCGGCAUCUCGCCUAUCAACACGGAGGUUCACUCCUCCUCCUCCUCCACGUCAACCUCCCCCGCCUUGGGGUCAGCGCCCGCCCUGCCUCACCCGCUGGCCGACCCCCCUUCAGGCCACGCCCCCCCGCAGACCCCAAGCCACGUCCAGAACCAGCACUACCGUCUGCUCAAGUCCGAGAGCAUGCCGGUCCACCUCAGCAAAGGCCAGAGCUCCAGGACGGUCAGCUCCUCUCCCAGCAUAGAGAGCCUCUCUGCUGGGUGCGCUCAGUUCACCGCCUCCCCGCCUCUCCCCCCCUCCGUCGGGAGUGAUGUAAGCACUUCAUCUCCUCCCCUCUCCGCCACCAAGAAAGACUCUUUCUUCAACAUCACUCGUUCUCGCUCACACAGCAAGAGCAUGGGCAAGAAAGAGUCGGAGGAGGACCUGGAAGCUCAGGUGUCGUUCCUGCAGGGCCAGAUCAAUGACCUGGAGGCAAUGAGCAAAUACUGCGGCAAGAUGAUGAACUCUCACAUCUGUAAAAUCCAGGAAGUGAUUCUCCAAGAGCAUCUGGAGAAGGAGGACGAGGUUCUAGUUUCACUGGCUGGACUCAAACAGAUCAAAGACAUCCUGAAGGGGUCGCUGCGCUUCAACCAGAGCCUGCUGGAGGCCGAGGAGAACGAGGAGAUCGCCAUCGCUGACGAUCACUACACCUCCACCGCGGCCGCCGCUGAGACGGCUCUGAACGCCAGCAAUCACCUCAGAGAGGAAGAACAAGCAAACAGCGGGCAGAGCCGGGACUUUGAUCUGGACGGGAGUGUGAGCACGGAGGAGAAGGAGGAGGAGGAGGAGCAGGAGGAGGAGGAGCAGGAGCAGCAGGAGGAGGAGGAGGGACAGGAGGAGGAGCAGCAGGCCAUCACCCCCCCCUGAGCAACAGGUUAACUGACCAUCAGUCCUCUUUUACACUACUGGAAUAAGAGCUAAGCACUGUCAGCACUUGUAUCAAUAUAAACUACACCGCUCGGUUCAGACAGGAUUAGUUUUCAGUCAUUGUUUGAACCGUUCAACCUUCUGACCCAGUGUUCAGUGACUUUAAAUCUGAUCAUUUGAUGCCAAGAAAUUCUACCCUCUGUGCAAAAAUGAUCCAAUGUUUGUACCAGAAUUGUUUUCUCUGCAGAAAGUGGCUGCUUAAGCUCGCCCAUUUGGAAUAAAUCAAACCCAGAAAUGUGCUGUUUUUUACAGCGACUGUAUUGUGAAAAUACUAAGUCACAUGUUCCCUGGAGUCUGAGGUUUGUCGCAUCUGAAUUCAUUUAGCUUUAGGGCCAAACAAGCAGCAGAUUAUGGUUAUACAGCCUGGGUUUGUGUACACAUCUUCUACUUCCUCUUAGUGCACUAGAUUAAACGGGGUAAAUAAUAGCACUGCACAAUAUACCUUGUAUUAACGUCAUUGCAAUUGCAUUACAUUGCCAAAGCCCACACUAUUGCACUUUGAAUAUAGUAACAACAUAUUAUAUUCUGUCUGUAGACACUGUUUCUGUAUGAUAAGCGCCAUGCUGUUAACUCUGGCCAAUCAGACAUAGCCCUCGUCUUUAUUCAUCAUCUGAUUGGUCAGAAUCUAAAGUUGAUUACACCAUUACUAGCAUAUCACUCUGUAUGGUUAAAGGAGGAAAGUGUAACAAGAUGAGUGCAGAGACGUAAGAGGAACUAAAUGUGUUUUAUUUAUUGCAAGUAAUAUCAUGAUUUUCAACAAAGUUAUCAAAUAUGAUGUCUUUAGACCUAGUAAAUCAUUACAAUAGGAGGACUACAUUUUUGCCAAAACAGAACAAAGACACAGACCUUGCCAUCUCUCGUGUGCAGGCGGGGUCUUCCCUGGGCUCCGAGGGUAAGAACUGGGACGACUACAUCCUGGUGUGUCAGGACGGAGACCUGGCAGCCGGCGAGGGAGGAGGAGGAGGAGGAGGGGGGGCUGCAGCCGAACGCACCCCUCCAAUCAGGCGGGGGCGCGGCCUGGUGCGCCUGGAGCCGGAGGGGGCCGCGGGGGUCCUCCAGGACCCGCUGACGGCCGGCACCUCGGGGUCUUCCAGCCCAGACGAGGGCUCCACCCACAGCAAGGACUCUGACUUCACCAUCGUCAACCCCAACGACCUGUGAACCAAAAACAAACUGACUUGGGAUCAGAGGGUGGAGCUGCUGUCGGCUAAAGAAUUGCACAUGUGGACUGUGACGCUUCCAGUCACCAUGACGUUAUUCUCUGUCUCUUUCUGCCACUUCCUGUCUGAGCUCAUGCUGUAUGCCCUCUCAUUUCCCUAAUGCCUGUCUCCUCAUCAUGUCCCCUCACUUCUGAUAUUUAACUGUAGCCCCCUGCUCUACACAGAGAGGGCGCCAUUGAACUGCUUACCCUGUCACUACAUGAUUACUCUAAAGACUUGGAUCAAACUGCAAUUUGUAUACAGGGCGGGCUCUCUCUUACUGUAAUAAUUGCUCUGCUUCUCCUGAAUGUGGACAUCUGGCCAUAGCUCUGCUUGUUAUGUCUGUGCGUCUCUGCUCUUUCAGAGGGAGCUCUCUUCUGUGAAAUGAAAGAAGGAUGACAUCCUCCUGCCAGUUAUCAGCUUCCCCCCCCCCUGAACCAGUGCCUCUGACCGUUCUUCUUCUCUCAACCAAACAAAACCUGACUCUGUGAUCUUACUGUUUUUGUUGGCUUCUUUUUUUGUUUUUUUUAAGAAAGAUUUUUAAUCCUUAGUUUAGGUUCCCGGAUGAAAACCAUUAAAGUAUGUAUUUUUUUCCUUUUCUUUUUUAUUGAUUCCAACGUGGACAUUUUAAUCUGUUUAUCGAUGGUUUUCAUUUUGUUCACAUUACAACUGAGUUGUUUUGGUGUCCUGUGGUAACAUGUAACGCAGCGCACACAAAGAAUGUCCCGCUAGCUGCCCAUUCAGCAUAAUUAACUCAAGACCAAUAAAACGACAUCGCUCUUGCUACACA